CAGACAUUCGUGUGAGUCUUGACCCAGUCUCCGGCCAUGACUGCUUUUACCGUACCGUGAGUGUAGUUAAGCCAGGGGAGGGCUGUUGGAGGAGGGGGAGUGAGAGGCUGAAGUGACCGCUAGCUUCAUGACACACGAAGGCACAGGCGUUCCCAGCGAGAGCUGAAAUCUUUCAGGUUGAAGAAGAAGGAGAGAUAGAGGGAGAGUGAGGGGGGCUCCUGGGAGGGACGGUAGAGUGUAUCUGCUAGCUGGAGUUUAUCUACGAAAUUUUCUUUUUUUUUAUUUUUUAUUUAGUUGUUAUUUUUGUAAAGGGCUUGGGAAGAUCAUCCAUAGGAGGGUUAUAGCUGUAGCCACCGCCAUCUCCUCUAAAUCGGAGCGGCCGCCGUGUCUUCCACACCAUGGGGAACGCAGCCACAGCAAAGAAGGGCAACGAGCUAGAGAGCGUGAAAGAGUUUCUAGCCAAAGCCAAAGAAGAUUUCUUACGGAAAUGGGAAUGUCCACCACAGAGCACAACGUGCCUAGAUGACUUUGACAGAUUAAAGACACUGGGUACCGGCUCAUUUGGAAGAGUGAUGCUGGUGAAACACAAAGGAACAGAGCAAUACUUUGCCAUGAAAAUACUGGAUAAGCAGAAGGUGGUGAAACUCAAGCAAAUAGAACAUACAUUAAAUGAGAAGAGGAUAUUACAGGCAGUGAGCUUCCCCUUUCUUGUCAAACUUGAGUACGCAUUCAAGGACAACUCCAAUUUGUACAUGGUGAUGGAGUAUGUUCCUGGCGGAGAGAUGUUUUCACACCUAAGACGAAUUGGAAGGUUCAGUGAACCACAUGCAAGAUUUUAUGCUGCUCAAAUAGUGCUGACGUUUGAGUACCUCCAUUCACUAGAUCUCAUAUACAGAGAUCUGAAACCUGAGAACCUUCUCAUCGAUCAUCACGGCUACAUCCAGGUGACAGACUUCGGAUUUGCCAAGAGGGUAAAAGGCAGGACUUGGACAUUGUGUGGGACACCGGAGUACCUGGCACCUGAAAUCAUCCUCAGCAAAGGCUACAACAAAGCUGUGGACUGGUGGGCCCUGGGAGUUCUCAUCUAUGAAAUGGCAGCUGGUUAUCCCCCGUUCUUUGCAGACCAACCGAUUCAAAUAUACGAGAAGAUAGUGUCCGGAAAGGUCCGGUUCCCUUCCCACUUCAGCUCUGACUUGAAGGAUCUGCUGAGAAACCUGCUGCAGGUGGAUCUGACCAAACGCUACGGCAACCUGAAGAACGGUGUCAAUGACAUUAAAGGGCACAAGUGGUUCGCCACAACAGACUGGAUCGCAAUCUACGAGAGAAAGGUGGAAGCCCCUUUCAUACCAAAGUGCAGAGGCCCAGGGGACACCAGCAACUUUGACGACUACGAAGAAGAGGAGAUCCGUGUUUCCGUAACAGAAAAAUGUGCUAAAGAGUUUGCAGAGUUUUAGGACACGGGAACAUGGAUAAAUCAGGGAAAUAAAGGGGAUCGAUCUUUGCACUCUUCUAUAGACUUGGGAUGGAGCAGAGACCAUCAUCAGUUUUUUCAGAUCCACAUUGUCCCUUCAUUCCACGGGGGCUGUAUGAGGUCGCCAUGAUCCAUGGGUGCCGAUAACCUCUCACUGUCACUCACACCUGUGUAAAAAAGCAGACACAUCACCGUUUUUGUUUUUCUUUCUUGUUUUUGUACGUACCAACUGUGUGGUUCUUUCUUUCUUCCUUUUUUUUUUACACUGAUGUAGUUAACUUUGGAUGGUGUUACUCCUAUUAAAAUGGGAUUUUUUUUUUCAGUUCACGAGGAAAAACUGAGAACAAAGGCCAACAAUAGUCCACAUAUUGUAGUUGACUCGGACACAGUCACUCGGGGUCGAAGGGUUUUUCCUUCAAGUUUUCAGCAGAGUAAGUUAGAUGGUCUGUUACAGGUCCACGUCAUUUUGGCUACUGUCAAGUGCUGGCCAGCUUUCGGAGGUAGUGUUCGUCCUAUGUGCAUAUUUGUCAGUUUUGUAAGACAUUCGAACAUGUCCAGUGUUUAAAGCAUGACCAAAUUUAAAAUACUGGGUAACACAGAAAGAGAGGUCUGUUCCUUUCUUUGCUUUUUGCCUUAGAUCCCUCCAAAAAAAGAAACAUCCACCCCCACUUGUCUUGUUGAUAUUCUGACCUAGGCACAACAAGCCAUCAGAUGAAGUUGUUACAUUAGUAAAAAUGCAGCUCUUACGAUUUUGUUUCAUUCUUUUGGUCUGUUAGUUACGUGUGAAGUUUGUCUUUUGGUAUAUUUUUGUCACUGUGUCCUCUAACAGUUUGGUCCUAUUGUUCCUUGAUUUCAGGUCUGCUUUUAAAGACCUGACUUUAAGAAUCUGUGGGACAAUAUGACUUCAUUCAAAUCAAAAGUGUAAAGUGAAAUCCUAUUAAGGAUUUUUAUUGAGUGUAAUGUUUUAUUUGAAAAGAUUGGUGUGAAUAGUGUUGUGGCGUUGUGCCUCAACCUUUGUUAGUGAUUCUUUAAAAAAAAGUACAGAGUUUAUUAUGUAUUUAAUGGAGGAUAUAUUCAAAUCUUAAGAAAGGGGGAUGAAAAAUAGCAUUUUGCCAUAUUUUCCCAGCUACCACUCCAAGCAAAUUGUUACUUCAUUCUUAUCAAAGAAUGUGGAUUUACAGUGUAGGUAUAGGUAUACCUACUUGAUUUCAGGCUUGAUUUCAAGGUACAGUGUUCCUCAUCACAAACUGUCUAAAAUAAAACUUCUUUCUAUCACAUGUAACCCUGUUAUUGUUAAGCUCAUUACAUUAUACGUAUAUGCAUUGUUUCAUAUGUUCUUAUUUAUACACAUUAGAGAUGCUAAUAAAUUUUAUUUUUAAAAGUGU